AUGGAGGUUGAGUGAGAAAUUGGAGAAAGAGGAUGAGAAAGAAAAAUGUGAUUAUUUGAAAAGUUUUUUUUUUUUUAAUUAUAUAUAUAUAUGGGUGGGGUAGUGGGAAGUUACUGGCAGUUUUAGAAGGAAGUUACUGGAAUGUGUGGUACGCAUCGUUUAGGGGGGGUGUAGGGAUAAAUGGCUAAACUAGAGUCUAGCCAUAAACAAUUAACUCCACCCAAUCUUCAAAAGCCCAAUGAUUAAUUAUGGGCUCUAUUUUUUUUUUUUUUUGAAAGGCUAUGGGCUCUAUUAAAAGUCAUCAAAUAAUGGUAGUAUGAAUAAACCGCUCUAAAUUUCCCUCCCUCUUUCUUAGUUAAUUUCCCUCCUUCCCCAAAUUCCCCCAACCCAAUUCUAUUUCGCUCUUCUCUCUCACUAAAUUCUCCACUUUUGCAUUCUCUCUCCUUUCGCAGGUUUAAACUUGGUUUUAAGGGUCUUACUGUUGCAUUGCUUCUUCAGCUUAGAGAGAAAUGCAAUGAGUGCGGUUAACAUCACAAAUGUCGCUAUCUUGGAUAAUCCAGCACCGUUUCUCUGCCCAUUUCGGUUCGAGAUUUCAUAUGAGUGUUUGGUUUCACUUAAAGAUGAUCUGGAAUGGAAACUAAUCUAUGUGGGAUCAGCUGAAGAUGAGACAUAUGACCAACUUUUGGAAAGUGUUCUUGUAGGACCUGUCAAUGCUGGCAACUUUCGCUUUGUUCUUCAGGCUGACCCUCCAGAUCCUUCAAAAAUUUGUGAAGCGGAUAUAAUUGGUGUCACAGUGUUACUAUUGACAUGCUCAUACAUGGGGCAGGAAUUUAUUAGAGUAGGAUAUUAUGUGAACAAUGAUUAUGAUGAUGAGCAGCUGAGGGAAGAACCACCUCAGAAGGUUUUGAUUGACAGAGUUCAGAGGAAUAUUUUAGCUGAUAAGCCAAGAGUCACAAAGUUUCCUAUCAAUUUUCAGCCAGAGAAUGGUGAGCAUGUAGACCAACCUGAGCAUGUAGAGCAACCUGCUGAAUCUCUUGAUCAUGCUACAGAAAACAAUAAGCAAGAACAAUUGCCUCUGCCAUCAGUUGAUAAUAGCAGUUUCUGAAGUAUAAAGUAAGUAGUUGCUUAGUUUUGACUAAGCCACAGCUGCCACACUGGUAGGUGCAAUGAGUAAUUUUGAUAACAUUAUGCUUCAAGUGAAUGUCAAGUUUCGAAGUUCAACAUAGUGUGCUGAAUGUGCUGUACAAACUGCUGAUAUAUGAUGUUUUUGAGCGCUCUAGCAUGAAGGUCUUUGCGGAUUUCACCCAAACCAGACAUGAGAAAUUAUGCUUUUCACUCGGCUGUGUUAAGCUUGUGUCUGUGUCUUGGUGAUGUUAGCGAAUUGUGAAUACGUGUUUCGAUGCUUACUUGUAAUCUCGUGCAGCAAAAUUAUUGAUGAUUGUUUAACUUCUACUGUUCCUGUUAAAACUAUCAGUAUGUUUAUGAAAUUUCUGCGCAAGUGUUCAUGUA